UCUGUUUAAAGCUUGUCGAUGUCGCUUUUCGCAAAAUCACAGACUGGAACAUCAAACGGAUUAUAAAAGAAGUGAAUCAGUCUUGCAGUGAACGGCAGAGGGAGAGUAGUAAAUAUUUAGUUUCACAAGAAGUUUUCGCACUUGUCAAUAUAGGAAUUAAUAAAAAUAAGUGUUCGUAAUGGGAGGACAGGCGGUGGAGCGCGAGUCCUGGGACCGGAAGUUAGACUUUAUUCUGUCCUGUGUUGGCUAUGCGGUCGGUCUUGGCAAUGUCUGGCGUUUUCCAUAUCUAUGCUAUAGGAAUGGCGGAGGCGCUUUCCUGGUUCCCUACGUGAUCAUGCUGCUGAUCGCCGGCUUGCCCAUUUUCUUCUUUGAGCUGGCCCUUGGUCAGUUUGCAUCCGAGGGUCCUAUUACCGUCUGGAAGGUCAGCCCACUGUUUUAUGGUGUCGGAUGUGGCAUGGUCGUAAUCAGCGGGCUGGUCAGCAUCUACUACAAUGUGAUCAUCAUGUACGCCAUCUACUACAUGUUUGUCUCGUUUGUCAACCUUGAUGGCGAGGUGCCCUGGAAGUACUGUGGUCAACCAUGGAACACAGACUCUUGCAGAAAUGAAAGCUUCCCAGACUUCGCAUCCAUGAACAAUGAUACAGAGAAAGUCAACUCGUGGCUUUCCCUGGCGAACGUGUCGUGUGUGAACCAGACUAUCACCACGCUUAUUACUGCUGGCAACGCCAACACCGGAGAUGACUACUACGACAUCGGAUACGGUGACCUCUCGGACACGUACAAGCCUAACUUCACCAACUGUAUGACAAAGUUUGAGUCACCAAGCGAGCAGUACUGGACUCGUUUUGUACUGCGUUACCACGAGGCUAACGGUCUUGAUGAUAUUGGGGGUAUCAGCUUGAAGAACAUCAUCUGUCUGCUGUUUGCCUGGAUCCUUAUCUUCUUCUGUCUCAUGAAGGGCAUCAAAUCGUCUGGAAAGGUUGUGUACUUCACGGCAACAUUUCCGUACCUCGUUAUCACUGUCCUGCUGGUCCGUGGUCUUACCCUGCCCGGUUUCAAGCAGGGAAUCGAGUUCUACAUCAUCCCUACAUGGGAUAAACUGCUCAAUAUCAAGGUGUGGUCUGACGCUGCGACCCAGAUCUUCUACUCUUUGGGCCCUGGGUUUGGCGGGUUGCUGUGUAUGUCAAGUUUCAACCGCUUUAAGAACAACUGUUGGCGAGACUCGGUGAUCGUCGCCUUCAUCAACUGCGGGACGUCGGUGUUCGCAGGCUUUGCUAUCUUCUCACUGCUCGGAUACAUGGCGCAUCAGACAAACCAAGCGGUUGAAGACGUAGCUGACAGUGGUCCUGGACUUGCGUUUGUGGCAUACCCAGAAGGCCUUGCAAAACUUCCGGUGUCGGCGCUGUGGUCCUUCCUGUUUUUCUUCAUGCUGAUUACACUUGGUUUAGACUCACAGAUGGUGAUGAUGGAGACGGUGAUAUCCGGGGUGACGGACAUCUGGCCGCGCUUUCUGCGAACCCACAAAGCACCGUUCACGUUCGUCUGCUGUAUAAUAGGCUUCCUUCUCGGCAUUCCGAUGACAACAAAGGGCGGUAUCCUUGUGUUGACCAUGUUCGACUGGUACUCGGGUUCUUACAACCUCAUGUUGAUCUCCCUUUUUGAGCUCGUCGCCGUCUGCUGGUUCUAUGGUAUCAGGAAGUUUAUGAAGGACAUUGAGAUGAUGUUGGGUCACCGCCCGAUGAUAUUCUGGUUCUACUACGUCCCCCUGUGGUGCGUCAUCACGCCCGUCGCUAUCAUUUUCAUCGUGGUGAUGUCGGGUGUAAACUACACGGCGGCCUACUACGGGGAGUACACGUUCCCGCCCUGGGCCGAGGGAAUCGGCUGGUGUCUGGCUGUGCUUCCAAUUCUAUGCGUCGUCAUCGGCGUCAUCUUCGGUAUCGUCAAGUUUGGCGGGUUGGCUAGCGCAAUGCGUCCACGCCCUGAUUGGGGUCCGCGCCUGAAAGAGAACCGAACGGGCGAGUACAACGACAACUAUGGUUACGAUCCAUCUGGUGAUGCAGAGGCCGAGGCCGCUUACACAAAGAACGGGGCUAUAGUAUACCCAGAGUUCGACAAGUUGUAAAAAUGUGUUGUUUCUCCAUAGACUUUAGUUAAAUGUUCUUACUAGUAGAAAUGCUUACCAUGUAAGUCACAGUCAACUGAUAAUACACGUUACUACCCAACAUGACUGACUUCACUCGGAAACCACUCAUACAGUAGUCUUUGACUUGAUAAUGUUCAAUUUCAAAAGUAAAAGUGUAAUGGACUUACUUUCGCGAACAUUCUUUACAGUAAAACUGGGAAUUAAUACAUAUUUUGAUGUUUAGAACGCAGAACUAUGAAACGGGUUUUAUCUUCAAUUGUACAUGCUACAAAAAGUUGCAUAAUAGGAAAGAAACAUACUCAUAACUUCUUUAGUCCUGCUUUAUGUUCAGUAAAGCAAUAUGAUGUGUGUUGAAUUUUAUGUAGUUUUACCUAACAUAUCAUUGUUUUAUCACUUCUUUUAGAUAUAUUUUAUUGUUUUUUAUACACAAAUUGUAUUUUUCUGCAAAUAAAUCUUUAUACUCGGA